GGAAGCCGGGGAGGGCGAAACGUAGCGAGGCGCUUGCGCCGGGCAAAGGCGAAACGGGGCCGGGUUCGGCCGAGGAGGACUCGAAGGAGCCAUGUGGCCCAUUCUUUGGGUGACCAUACGGGCCUAUGCCCCCUACGUCACAUUCCCCGUGGCCUUUGUGGUAGGGGCAGUGGGAUAUCACCUGGAGUGGUUCAUCCGUGGCCAGCCGCCUCCGCAGCCACCUGAGGAGGAGAAGAGCAUCUCAGAGAGGAGGGAGGACCGCAAGCUCCAGGAGAGUGCUGGAAAGGACCUCACCCAAGUGGUCAGCCUUAAGGAGAAGCUGGAAUUUGCCCCCAAAGCUGUGCUCAACCGGAACCGGCCGGAGAAGAGCUAGCCCUCCCAGGAUGGCCAGGGGCCCUUCCUGUUCAAAAGGUUGAUGCUGAUUGGUUGGUUUUCUGAUUCCAUUGCUCUGACCUUGCCCAAGCCCAACCAGUCACUGUCUGCCAUUCAUGCCUUCACCAUUUUUGCUGUGCUGCAGUUGGCAGGGAUGGCUCAUGCUACUAGAAUCCAUCAGAGGUAGGGGAAGAGAUAUGGACUUCGGAGACUUCUCUGUAAGGGAUGCUGGUCUUGUGAUGGAACUUCUUCCAGAGUUCUUGGUGAAGGUUCCAUGUUGCAUCUGAGCCAGAAGACCUUCUUCCUCUCCACUGUGGUCUGCUCAGGGUCCAUACUGCACCUUGGCAUGGGCAGGCUUUCAGAAGAACACCCAAGAAAUAUGGUAGCCUUGAGUUGAUGGGGGAAUCUCUUGUCUGGAGGGUGUCGGGUGACCUGAAUCCUCUUUCCUUCUCCAAGACUUCCAAGCUGGAGAGAAACUGUAACCACCAGAGGAGGUGGUUAGCUGAGCAUCUCUGCCAUGCUGCUACUCAGGAAAUCAGAUGUUUCUUUCUCAAGGAGUUUCUGUCGAUGGCGUAUGAGGUGCUGGCUUUUGAGGUGGGGAGGAGCAUGGGG